UCCUCCUUCUCCCGGCCGCCGACUGCGUCACCUCGCCUCCAGCAUGGUGCUCGAGCAGGUCGGCGUCAAGCUGCGCGUGUCCGACGGCACCGCCGACGCCGCCGCCUCGAGCGCCGACGAGGCUCGGCGCCGCUCCCUCUCGCCGCCGCCCGAGCGGCCUGCGUCGCAGCUGCGCGAGCGCUGGAGCGGCACCAGCUGGUGGGACACUGCCGCCGCCGCCGCCGCCGCCGCCUCGCCCUCCAGCAGCGCCGCAGCCGCAGGCGCCUCGCCGCCCACGCGCUCCCUCUCGUCGCCCUCGCGCCCGCACUCCUACUCGCACGCGUCGCACGACGGCUCCGCCGACUCGGCGCUGCUCAAGCUCGGCGGCGUCGGCGGCGUCACGCGCUCCGGCAGCUGGGGCCAGAGCCGCGGCGCCGCACAGGCACACGCGCAGUACGCCAGCAGCCGCGGACGCGCCUCGCCGCUCGAGCCGUCGGCAGAGUCGAGCCUGGCCGACGAUGAUGAGGACGAUGCGGCGGCAGCGGCAGCGGCGGCGGCAGAGGCGGCGGCACAUCGCCGAUCCUCCUCCUUCGACGUCAUGUCGUCGCGCUCCACCGACGUGCCCUCGAGCUCGUCGCGCACCUCAACGUCGUCGUACUCCGCCGCUGCGUUCUCGCUGCGCAGCUUCUCGAACCGCAACUCGGCCAGCAGCACGGCGUCGUCGUCGGCGGCCUCCUCGUCGCGUCUGCCGGAGGAGGCUGAGCUGGGCCGGCGCAGCUCGCUCGCGUACCUCUGCGAGGACGGCAGUGUCAGCAGCAGCGCCGUCGCGAUGAGUGCGGGGGCAAGCAGCAGCGCCAGCAGCAGCAGCGAGGCGGCGUCGAGCAGCAGCGGCAGCGGCGGCACCGCCAAUGGCGCCAGCGGCGUGGCCGGCCCCAGUGUGAGCCGCGUGCAGAGCAUCGGGCGCGGCAAUCGCAGUCUCGCCUCGGAGGAAGAGGAGGCAGAGCGGACGCGCAGCUUGCACGCCGACGGCGAGCAUGCAAGAGCACGCAGCGCACAUGCCGAGCUCGAGCAGCGCAGCGCAGACUCGUCCGGCCCCGGCGUCAAUCGCAUCCGCUCCAUAGGCCGCGGCGCUCCUCCCGCUGCUGCGCUAGAAUCGCCGCCUGCUUCGCCACGUCCGUCUCCGCCUGCCUCGCCUGCGCCGCCAUCACGGACCCUCGCACCCGCCUCGCCGCAGCUCACGCCGCAGCAGCCGCCAGUCGCGACGCUGGGCACCUCGCCGCGCAAGCUGCCGGCCGCUGCGUUCCUGCAGACACCCUCCUCACCACAUGCCGCACCAUCGCGCCGCAGCGCCAGCGGCUCUUCCUCUCGCUCCGUUGCUGCUCCAUCAGCUGCGGGCCCGAGCUCAUGGGGCUCUCCCAGUCUGCCCUCUCUCGCCGCUGCAGCAGCCGCUGCGCCUCCCUCGGCCUCCACUUCCAGCGGCGACGACUCGACGCCCCUGCCGCGCCGGCACAGCGGUGCCUUUGCGCUGCGCACGCGCAGCAUGCUCUCGCAGCACGCCGGCCUGCACAUGACGUUUGGCGCCGGCGGUGCCGGGCGUGCAGCAGCACGGGCGAUCGAGCGACAACGCGAUGAGAGCGUGCCGCUUGCCAAUGCGCCGUUCAGCCAGCUCGAGGCGGCGCAGCGGCAUGGCAGCGGCAGUAGCCGCAGCAGCAGCAGCGAAGCACGGCACGUGCUGCCCAUCAAUCCUGCGCUGGCGCCACCAGGCUUCCUGCCGCCAGGCCCGCUCUCGCCCAUGGCGCUCGCCUCGCCCGACGCGCACGCCUGGCUCGUGCCGCCCGAGCUGGCACUCGAGGAUCGCGCCUCUGAUCCCGGCGGUGUCGAAGGUGCGGCAGCUGGCCCGCCGUGGCGAGCACGAGCACGUGGCCUGCCGCCACUCGAGGUGGGCGCGGAUGUGGGCCUCGGGCUCGUCUCGCCGAGUCUUCGCAGUGCCGCUGCGGUCGCGGCGCCGCGCCCAGGGCUUUCGCGCAGCAACACGGGCAUUGGUGCGCUGCUGCGCACGCCCACGACGGAGGAGUGGAGCCGCUACUUGGCGAGCCAGGGCUCCGCGCCCACGUCGUUCAGCGAGCUGCCGCGCAGCCGCUCCGCCACUGCUCGUUCGUCGGCCUCGGCGCUGGGCCGCCGCGCCGAACUGCUCAUGACGACGGGCACUGCCGAUGCACGUGCCGCAUCGACGGCGGACGCCAGCGACGGGGAGGGCGCCUCGGAUGAGGACGGCGACUCGCCUCUAGACCCCGCAGAGGCGGCGCAGGCACAAGGCAUGAUUGAGCGCCUUCGCAGUCUGAGCAUGGGCCGCACAGCAAGCAGCCGAACGGGCUCGAUUGCAGGCGGCGACGUCGACUUGCAGUCCGUGCACGAGGAUGACGAGGACGAAGGCAGCAUCAGUGACGGCAGUGGCGACUGGGACACGCGUAGCGAUGCCUCGGGAUACAGCGCUUCCAGCUCAAACGAACGGAUGCGCGCACUGCACGAGGCGCUCUCCAGACCGCCAUCGCCCAGCUGGCGCGCCGCCAGUGCUGCGCCUGCCUCUCCGGGCGCUCCUGCAGUAACUGGCUCCUCGCCGAAGAGCCGCACGCCUGACCUGCCGCGCUCGCCGCCUCCUGGUCGCGUGGGCGAGGUGCGCGAUGCCAGUGUGCUGGCUGCGGCAGCGCAUGAGAGCACGCCGACGCGCUCCACAACGCUGCGUGCCCGUCGGCCCACGCGCGAGACGGCUGCCACACAUCUCGGCUAUCCGCUGCCGCCGGCAGGCGAGCGACGCUCGAUUGCCGACUUUGUAGUCAUUGCGGACAUCGGCCGCGGUGCCUACGGCCUCGUCAAGAAGGUGCGCCUCAGGGGAGCUGACGGCCUUCCUGUCGGGGACGACUACUGCAUCAAGUACAUCAUCAAGUCGCGCAUCCUUGCCGACUGCUGGCGCAGGCACAAGACGCUCGGCCCCAUUCCCGUCGAGAUCCACGUCAUGGACCAGCUGCGCCGGCUGCCCUACCAUGCGCCGGCCUCGCCGCCGCCCUGGGCGCCUGAGCGGCUCAUGCCGGGCUCGCCUGGCGCGGCAGCGGCGCAGCAGCAGGCGGGCCUGGCGGCGCCGUUUGCACCCGAGGGAGGCGCGGCGCUGGGCGUGUCGCAUCCCUCGCUGUGCACCAUGAUUGACUUCUUCGAGGACCACGAGUUCUACUACCUCGUCAUGCCCUGCCUCAGCGGCACACGCACAGGCCACGGCGCCGGGCAAGAUCUGUUUGACUUUGUCGAGUCUGCUCCCGACGGCCUCUCCACCGUCGAGGUGCGCACCAUCUUCGGACAGGUGGCCGACGGCGUGCGCUUCCUGCAUGCCAACAGCAUCGUGCAUCGCGACCUCAAGGACGAGAAUGUCAUCCUCGACUUCCGGCACGGCCGGCCGCACGCGCAGAUCAUCGACUUUGGCAGUGCGGCCCACGUGCGCGCCGGCCGUCUCUUCGACACGUUCAGCGGCACGCUCGACUAUGCGGCCGCCGAGAUCCUGCGCGGCGAGCAGUACGGCGGCCGCGAGCAGGACGUGUGGGCCCUCGGCGUCGUCGGCUACGUGCUCCUCUGCGGCGACUGUCCCUUCUGGAACGGCGACGAGGCAGUCGAGGGCCUGGCGCCGGCCUCGCGCGCCGCCACGGCGCUGCGCGAACGCUGCAUGCUGGGCGAGGCGCGGCCCGGCGGCGGCCGCGGCGGCGAGGAGCACGCGGCACGGCCACUCGGCGAGCAAGGCGACAAGGCCGCCGACGACGGCGGAGGCAGACUGCACGAUGCGGCCGACCUGAUUGCGCAGUGCCUGCAGCUGGACCCGGCGGCGCGCCCCACGGCACAGCAGGUGUGCGAGCAUCGCUUCCUCGUCGGCCACGCCGGCUGGCACGGCGCGAGGGGCUGGGACACGGCGACGACGCCGCAGCAGCAGCAGCAGCAGACGAGCGAGACGUGAUGCGGGCAUGCAGAGCGUGCAUCGCUGCAAUGAGUAAUGAUUAAUGCACC